AUGAGACUUUUCGUUCUUUUCUGGAUAGGGCUCACUAACGUCACUGAGAUUGAGUCUCGGGACGUCAGCGACGUCAAUGGCUUCCGCUCUGUGGCUUAUUUUGUAAACUGGGGCAUCUACGGACGCAAUUUCCUGCCUCAGGAUCUACCAGCUGAAAAGCUCACCCAUGUUCUUUACGCUUUUGCCAACAUUCACGCUGAUGGAUCUGUCUUUCUUUCCGACACCUGGGCCGACACUGACAAGCACUACCCAAGCGAUUCUUGGAAUGAUUCUGGAAACAAUGUCUAUGGCUGCAUCAAGCAGCUAUUUUUGCUCAAGAAGAGGAACCGCAAGCUGAAGAUUCUCCUGUCCAUUGGAGGCUGGUCCUACUCCCCCACCUUUGCAUCCGCCUUCGAUACUGAUGCUGGGCGGCAACGAUUUGCCGACACUGCAACUGAGUUGGUGAAGAAUCUUGGCAUAGAUGGAAUUGAUGUUGACUACGAGUACCCCAAAAAUGAUGACCAGGCUGACAAGCUCGUCGAUGCACUUCGCCGGACCCGUGAAGCAUUGGACAACUACAGCGCACGAAAUGCGGGCGGUUACCACUUCUUGCUUACAGUCGCAUCUCCAGCUGGUCCGGAGAACUACCAUCAUCAGCACUUGAAUCAGAUGGAUCGCUACCUCGACUUCUGGAAUUUGAUGGCUUACGACUACUCGGGUAGCUGGGAUACGAUCGCCGGCCACGACGCCAAUAUCUACUCGUCUAACGACAACCCAGCCAGCACGCCAUUCAACACCGACCAAGCAAUCAAUUACUACCUUUCGCAGGGUGUUGCCUCUCACAAGAUUGUGAUGGGAAUGCCCCUGUAUGGCCGAGCAUUCACCAACACCAAUGGCCCUGGAAGUGCAUUCAACGGUGUCGGACAAGGAAGUUGGGAGGCGGGCGUGUGGGACUACAAGGCUCUCCCCCUUACUGGCUGCGGAGUCACUGAGUUGAACCAACCAGUUGCAAGCUACUGCUACAACCAAGGACAACGACUGCUUAUCAGCUACGAUACUCCUUCCAUCGCUCGCCAGAAGGCCCAAUACAUCCAGUCCAAGGGACUUGGUGGUGGCAUGUGGUGGGAGAGCAGCGCUGACAAGAAAGGAGGUGACAGCUUGAUCUCUACGGUUGUGGACCAACUUGGAGGCAAUAACGCUUUGGAGCAGAGCGGGAAUCAGCUGAGCUAUCCUGCUUCCAAGUACGACAACUUGAGGAAUGGCUUCAACUAG